UGAUUAUGAGUUGGAGGCGCUGCCAAUUAAAGACUACAAGGCUGGACAAGCGAGAGUGCGCCUUGCAGCCGCUGCCAGAUGGUGGUGCUUUGAAGUCGAGCGGUGGGUGCUGUGAGAGGGAAGGGAGUGGAGAAGUGUUUAUUGAAGUGGCUGUUUACCAGCGGCCAGUAGACAUGGCCGGCUUGUCAUUGUUUACCCUGCUGUUGCUGCUGGCCUGGGUGGCGCACCGCAGCCGCGGCUAUGUGAUCGUCAACUCCGUGUCCUGGGCCAUCACCAACCAGGAGGAGACGGUGUCUACUGAGGACGACGAGGAGGAGGAGGACGGGAAUGUGCUGCCCAACAGGCUCUUCCAGAGCGGCGGCAGCAUCUGGAAAGCCUCGUACCCCGCCGCCGCCUACCAGCAGCGGCAGCCACGGCGGCGGGGGGACGGCGAGGGAGAGUCCCGGGCCGUGGCGGCCGAGAUGCCGAGUCACAGAGAAGCGCUCGGCUUCCCCUCCAGGAUGUUCUCGUACCGCAGGGACGGGCAAAGUGUGGAGAGGUCGUCCCCCAAGCAGCCUCAGCAAGGGAAAGCCCGGCUCGCUCGCCACCUGCUCAGCUCCAGCACCUGGGGAUUCCUGGCCACCCUCUCCACGCUGGACAAGAUCAAAGGACUGCCAUUUGGAAACAUUUUCAUGAUCAGCGAUGGCUCCCCAGACAACAGUACUGGUGCUCCAUUCUUUUAUGUCAGUCGGCAAGACAGAAUUGUUGAGGAUCUCAUGAUUAAUUCCGGCAUUUCUUUAACAUUAUCAGAAGCUGAGCCAAAUUACUGCAGGCAAAAUCUCAUUAACCCUGAGGAUCCGAGAUGCAGCAGGCUGACUCUGACAGGUCAAAUGGUGACUGUGCCCUCUGAUGAAAUUGAAUUUGCAAAGCAAGUCAUGUUUUCAAGCAGGCAUCCAGUGAUGAAGAAGUGGCCUCCAGAACACAAUUGGCUCUUUAUGAAAAUGAAUAUUCGACAUGUGUGGCUCCAGAACUGGUUCGGGGCGGUUGAUGUAAUCUUGGUCGAAGAUUAUUUCAAAGUCAACCCAAUGAAUAUUGUGUAGGUUCUAAAAGAGCAUAUCUAAGAGAAUAAAACAUUGUUAACAGUAUUAGCGCAUGCCCAUUAUGUAUCUUUGGGCUGGAAGAGCUUCUUAUUCCCUUUUGGGCAUACCUGUUCAAUAGAGAAGGAGCAAUUUAUUAAAACAAAAAUAUUUAUUGAUAUCAAGGCCAGCAAUGAUUGUCCAUCCCUAAUUGACCUUGUGAAAGUGCAAUGACUGUAUAGCUCGGAUGGUGCAGCUGACACCAUGGUCCUGUUUGUUCUGGGGACUUUGAAGGACUUAAGACCUGGUGUAAUAUGGCAGCUUUGCCUGUUCUUCUUGCCAAUAUUUCUUGCUUCUGCCAUUUGUAACCGCAUUGGUAUGUGAGCUUGUGCUGCAAGAAAUGUGUUACUAUACCUCAAUUCUGUGUUGUGUUAAUAUAGAGUGUAAGAUCGAGCUUUGAAAAAGCUUAUUAUUUUGAUAAAAUUCAGUCUGCAGGAUUUCAAGUUUGCUUUUCUACCCUGAGAUGAACUCACUGCAGCAUGCAACUUUCAGAAUUUAAUUACAGAUUGUGGUAGUUUGAAUUAUUUUGUAUAUAUAUAUAU